AUGUCACCAACACUUCACCAUGAGAGCACUCGUGUACCGGUGACUGCAUUAGCCUCCUGCGGAUCGCUUUUGAUAGCCGCGGAAGGACCCUUCCUUCGAUUCUAUCAUUCCAAGACUUCGCGAUAUAUCGCAUCCAAACGCGUCUUUGAAGCUCAGACUGUCCAUGGCAUAUCUAUCUACGCUGAAGAGCUCGAUGGUGUGACGAAGUUUGUUGUUUGGGGCGGACGUCUUGUUCGCGCUCUCAGAAUCAACUCUGUGCCAGACGAUCAUGUCCAAGAGCCCUUAUCUUUGUGCCUUUCAAAUGUUGCUAAAGCGUCUGACUGGAUUCUCGAUCUGGCGCCUCGAAUGAGUAUCUUAGAUGAUGACGAUGUGUACAGCCAGGGCGUACAUGCUGCUGUUACAGCGCACAAUGCACUGCUCAGGCUUACAACAAAGUACCAGCAUGGAUCUCCACUUUCCUCAAGUUCGUUAGUUCUCGAUGUCUCUGAGCUCACGUCAAGCUCGCGUUCCAUCUUGUACUCUGCCCAUCUUCUCUGGCAAUCUUCCAACUGCAUUCUCGUUGCUGCUGGCACAGCUUUUGGCGAGAUCAUGUAUUGGUCAUGGAGUAAGACGGCGCAUGGUGACUCGGUUUCGCAAAUCCAUCAAGUGUUUCUCGGUCAUGAAGGCUCCAUCUUCGAUGUUCGCAUCUCGAAAGAGCUACCACGUGGAUGUUGUGGCACACUAAAGCGAGUCAUUGCUUCCUGUAGCGAUGAUCGAACAAUCCGUCUUUGGGAUGUCUCGAACGUGAAUGCCCACGUUGCCAACAUAGAUUAUCUUCGUGAGGGUGACGAGGCGCAGCGGACACGGCACACCGGGUUUAGUAUUGCAGCUACCGACGCGCAGUCUGAUGAGAUCAAUUGCCUUGCAAUUGGCUGGGGUCAUACCUCACGGGUUUGGAAAGUACGUUUCUUAGACUCGUCACCGUGCAAUGGAACACUGUCCCUCAUCUCAGCCGGCGAGGAUGCUACGUCGCGCACCUGGAAUUUCGUGGUCAACACUAGUAGAGGCUCGGCUCGCCCAUUUACGCUGCUACAGACCGAUUGUGCCGCUUAUCACAGCGGCAAAAACAUGUGGUCCAUGGCCAUCUACCAUACCGCUGCUGGUUCACUGCGCGUCGCCUGUGGUGGUGCUGACAGCAAGCUCACUACUCAUACACUGCUCAGUGCGGGCCAGCGCUCACAGAGACGUGGUACCGCUGUAGCUGAGUAUACCAUGCAAGACCUGCUUCACAUGGCGCAACCCUCUCAAGUAGAAACGGAUCUACAGUCGGCAGCCAAACCUUCAAAGAAAGCCGACUUGGUCAGGAGUUACUGUUUUCUAGACAGCGAAUCCUUCUUACUGGUAACGAACUCUGGAAAAGUAUGCAUCGAGUCGUUCCUCUCGGAAUCUAGCUCUGGCUUGCAGGGCAGCGUCACGAAGUCAACACUCGUGGACCAGAUUGACGAACUGUCUGGCUACUCAACAUGUACUGGCGUGCCUACUCGUGGGGUAGCCUUUGUUGCAGGCACACGGGGCGAUAUCUAUAUGUAUUCCAAGCGCGAUUCCGCCUUGACGAAAAUCCACAAAGUCGUCGGCAAGGUCGGCACACUCUUCGUGGCAGGCACGACAUCUUCUGAAGGGCGAGAGCAGCUUGUACUUCUUAUCAACUCACUUGGGUCCAGGCCUGAGUUAUUGUACAUGGACGUGAGCAAGAGCUUGGUAUAUGGAGAUCUGGAACCCAUAUACGUCAGCACAUGUGGUACCCUGACAGGCUCAACUAUCACAAGCAUGUCUGUGGUAGAAGCGGGCUUUGAAGCUGGCUUCCUUUUCCUGGGGUUUCGUCGCGGAUCUGUAGGGGUAUACGACAUCUCGCAGAAAAGCUUACACGAUAUCACCUGCGAUGCGAACUAUCGUCAAGCCGACGUCUACAAGAUCAUUGAAAAAGUUCACGGCGACGAGUCCGUCAACGGGAUGGAGUUUGUGGCUUCUCCCAAGAGCGCAACAGUUGGCUAUUUGUACUCGGUCGGACGCGAUGGGUGCCUCGCUGUACAUCUAAUCGACCUCGUCAAGAACAGCGUUCAGCUCGUCCACCGCCUGACCUUGGCCAUUGGGCCUCACAUCGAAGAUUUGUAUUUCCAAGACGGCCACCUACUGGUGCACGGCUUCUCAAGCAAGAAGUGGGUUCUCUAUGAUGUCACUUCCGAGGAAGAGAUUAUGGGUAUUGAGACUGGAGGUGCACACCGAAGCUGGGCGUUCCAGCGACACUUGAACCCCUCCAGCCCACGGAAUGGCGGUACUUUGGUGUGGACCAGAACUGCCAGCCUGCACAUCUGCAGUCAGGAGGGUUCAAACCAUGGCGUUCUACGUCCCGGCGGCCACGGCCGCGAGAUCAAGGCGGCAGCAGUGUCUUCCUCACUGAAGUCCUCACAGUGCUGUGCGACGCGCGGACGACUCAUCGCCACUGGGGCUGAAGACACGGACAUUAAGAUCUUCCAGUAUAUCAACAACGAGCCGGUGUGCCGCAUAACGCUGCGCAAGCACACGACUGGGAUUCAACACUUGCAAUGGUCUGAUGACGGCAGCUACCUGUUUAGCAGUGCCGGCUCUGAAGAGUUUUAUAUCUGGCGGGUUCGAGCUUUGCCGACCGUUGUGGAGAUCGGAGUGGUGUGUGAGUACGUUUACCUACCGGAAAGCGAGUUUUCAGACCUACGAAUCAUGUCUUUCGACGUCAGUAAACGAGGUAGCGCUUACACUAUUGCGAUGGUGUUUUCCGACUCAAGUGUCAAGACAUAUCUCUACGAUCCAACAGCCGCACCCAGGUGGCAACCUCUCACAAAAAGCAUCUACUUCACUUCCUGCCUGACGCAAUGCGUAUUCCUCUCGCCUACUAGCUUGUUGACAGCUGGCACAGACGGCCAUGCGGUGCUCUGGCCCCUGUUCUCUGAAGACGUCAAGUGGGAGCAUCCCGUACGAAUUCACCAGAACGCGUCAAAAACGAUGUCAUCGCACGUCAACGGCGAUGGCACAACACUCAUCGUAUCUGGCGGCGAUGACGGUGCUUUGGCUUUCUUGCUUGUCUACGCUGCAUUCCCAGAGUCGUCUUCGUCGCCACAAGGAGCUUAUGCCUCGCGGCCAGUGCUUGUGAACGGGGCGCAUGGCUCGGCUGUCACGGCAUGCACGGUAGUCACUAUUCAGUCUUAUCUGUACGUUCUCACAUCAGGCAACGACGAGUGGGUUCGCCUGUGGAAGGUGGUCAUUGACGGUGCUGGAGAGAGUGACUCAAGUAAGAUGGAGCAUGAGAAGCUAAGGGUCAAACGGGUGUGCAGGGUUAAGACCAGCGUUGCUGAUGUUUCGAGCAUGGCGGUACUGGAUGAUGGUGGUGAGAGUGCAAGAGUGUUGGUGUGUGGUGUGGGGAUGGAAGUCAUCCGAGUGGAGGCUGAGGAGAAGUUGGUAGCAUAA